UUUGCAAGAUUACCAAUGCGCAUGCCCACUGGAUCGGUGAGACUCAUCAGCAGUGGUGUUAGCAAUUAGCUUGUCGCCUCUUACUUCCUUCGGUCUAAACGCCUUUCGUGACACCUUUCAACAAAUUCACCGUUCCUUUUGCAUCCACUGGGAUUAUCGGGACGAAAGCGUGAGGGAAUAUGCCCAAAAAUAAAGGUAAGGGAGGAAAGAAUCGGCGGCGUGGAAAGAAUGAAAACGAGUCUGAGAAGAGAGAGUUGGUGUUUAAAGAGGACGGACAAGAAUACGCUCAGGUGAUUAAAAUGCUGGGGAAUGGCCGCCUGGAGGCCAUGUGCUUCGAUGGCACCAAGCGGCUCUGCCACAUCAGAGGAAAGCUGCGGAAAAAGGUGUGGAUCAACACGUCGGACAUCAUCCUGGUGGGCCUGAGAGAUUACCAGGACAACAAGGCCGACGUCAUCCUCAAGUACAACGCGGACGAGGCUCGAAGUCUGAAAGCAUACGGCGAGCUCCCAGAGCACGCCAAAAUCAACGAGACAGACACGUUCGGUCCCGGAGACGAUGACGAGAUCCAGUUUGAUGACAUUGGCGAUGACGAUGAAGAUAUUGAUGACAUCUAAAGACUUCCACACACAUGCACACUCGUGUUUAUCCAACAGGGAUGUUUUGAGCCGAUACAGCGCCGUUGGGGGGAAAAAAAAUCUUUUUUUUUAGAAUCCCGUAUACAAAUUAUGAAGUGUAUUUCCAUUUACAUGACUAGACGUGUUUGCUCAAUGUGGACACAACGGGGGGAGAAAAAAAACAGCAUUUUUUUUCACUCCUCCCCACUGAAAACCAGUCCAACGUUUUUCUUGGUUUCCUCCUGCGUUUCUUUGGAGGAGCGUAUGACUGCGAAAACAUUAAGUCCUUUUAAAAAAAGUGUAUUUAUAUUCAUUUCACGUCUGGUGGAAUUUAAGCAGAAUUGCAGAAUCUUUGGAUUCACCAAUAAAUACAUUAACCUUUUUUUUCCUCCCCUUUCAUUUUUCUUUUGUCUUCCUUUCAUGGGAUGUCUUCACUCGAUUCAUGUUCGCUGUGACUUCCGUAUGAGGCUCAUCCCGGCUCCGCUCGUGUCCCAAAAACAUCCGCAAAUCUACUUUUACUCUUUUACUUUUCUUUGUAUACAGCAGCGGAGGAAGGUUUUCGUUUACCUUACAUCACUGAUUCUAAAUUCCACUUUGCAAAUUACUCACAGUUGAUCUUCAAAGUCUACAGAUACCUAUUCAAAUACCAAAUACCCCCCCUUCUGCGUUUCUGCUGUUUUCUCGGUUCUCACAUCUUGCCACACACACACACCAGGACAACCUCACUCAAUCUUACUUUAUCGGU